GACCGCUGCGCUACAUAUAUUCUACCGCCAACGCUCCCGUUUCUACUUUGCGUUUCACCAAAAAGUGUUUUUCGGAGCUGGGGCUUACAUAUAUUACACCGAAUUAAAUCAACACCACUCUGCUAGUGUGCUACUAGUGGGCUUACGUGCAGCUCAUGUCAAAUACAUGUUGUGAACGCUGCAGAGAAUGUUAUUGCCAAGGGUCUUGGGAUGAGUGAGCAUCGGAGGCGACAUGUACGUGGAGAAAUGAACAGCAUAUAAGCACAUUAUAUGACCAGCGGGACACCAUGGAGGAGAUACAGAAGGAGGUCGUCCGGCUGUGCAACGGCUACCCGGAGGGUCUUCCAAUACAGGAGAUCCAUGGCCUCUACCAGCGGACCUACGGGAAACCCCUGCGUCUCGGGACCCCUAAAAGGUUUGCCCCGCUGCAGACCCUGCUUAGGAGCGUACCUGACCAUCUCUAUCUGUGCACCGACGGGGAGAUGGUAGUGUGGCCCAUCGCAUCUCGGCCAUCGGCCUCGCGGUCGGCACCUUCUUUCCCGUCGCCGCCGGCUGCCCUAGCAGCAGCAGCACGCGGCCCUCGGCUGGCCUCCCCGCGGAACGGCAGCUCCGGCGGUAAAGCGACGACCAUCAUGGGCGAAACCCGGGAGGAAAUCGUGGCCAUGAUUAAAGGCUUCCCCGGCGGCGUCCCCGGAAAGAAGGUGGCCGAGCAGUACAACCGGACGUACCACAAGAACCUGACCGUGGCCUCCUUGGGCUUCAAGUCCAUGGCCCUGCUGCUGGCCUCCCUGGACAAGGAGCUGGUGGUGCAGGGGGAGCUGGUGUUCCACCGGAGCCACUGGCCACCAGGGGUCGCCGACACCGCGCUCGAGGCCGGGGACGGGGACCAGAGCACUGCCCAAGAGGCGGGCGAGAGGCCUUCAGUGUCGGCCCUGGGGGACGGGCAGCCGGCGAAGGCCCGGAAGAAGAGGCAUCGAUCGGGGAGGGGAGCAUCCCCGGCCCCCCCUGCUGGCCAGCCGCUGGAGGUGAGUUCCUCUUCUGGAGGCGUCCCAUCAUUCGGCGUUUACCAAGCGCCUCUUGGAAAACACAGCGUUCCCGCCGGAGCAGGCGAGCCCGUAGAGACGCUGUCGCAAGAUCAGCUGUUGCAGAGGAUCACACAGGUUAUGAAGGAGGACAAAUUGGCUGGCGGGUCAAUGGCGCGGCUGGCCGAGAGCUAUUCCGAGCGGUUUGGGGAAGCUCUCCCGCUGGAACAGUACAUGACUCUGUAUGACACCUGGGAUUCCAGACGCCCUGGGAGACCAUCCGGGGCGUCGGCGGAAGCCGCAGAGCCGCGCAGGCCGGUGCCCACACAGCACACUGAAGCUCCCACCACGUCUUCCAUUGCGACUACAAAGGACUUCCUGUCCUUUGGCUCCCUGCCUUCCAACAUCCUUCCCCUAAUGCCCGCCCACUCCCUGGCUUCUGGCCUCCUGCCCUCCGGCGCCCUGCCCUCAGAGGUUCCCUACCCACAGCCCUUCGGCUCCAGGCAUACCAGCUCCCUGUUCUCCAACUCCCUGUUCUCAGACUCCCUGUUCUCCAGCUCCAUGCCCGCCGGCACCACGCCCACCAGCUCCUUGUUCUCCGGCCCCAGGCCCACCAACUCCCUGUUCUCCAGCUCCGUGCCCGCCGGCACCACGCCCACCAGCUCCUUGUUCUCCGGCCCCAGGCCCACCAACUCCCUGUUCUCCAGCUCCGUGCCCGCCGGCACCACGCCCACCAACUCCUUGUUCUCCGGCCCCAGGCCCACCAACUCCCUGUUCUCCAGCUCCGUGCCCGCCGGCACCACGCCCACCAACUCCCUGUUCUCCAGCUCCGUGCCCGCCGGCACCACGCCCACCAGCUCCCUGUUCUCCGGCCCCAGGCCCACCGGCACCACGCCCACCAGCUCCUUGUUCUCCGGCCCCACGCCCGCUGCCUCACUGCCCUCUAAGGUGGCCCCCCCGGUGGCCAUCGGCUCCCUGCCCAUCAAACCCCCGCCCGCCGGCCCAUCCGACGAAGACUUCCCGGCCCUAGGCGCGGUGGUGGCCAGGGAGCCCCGGCGGGCCACCCCGACCCGGCCGCCACUGGAGGAGACCCGGAAGAACUCCCCCGUCUUCAGGGACGACUACCACGGGCAGCUGCGGCACGUCCACGCGGCCAACCGGCGCGCGGCGGAGGUCCUGGAGGCGGACAACGAGGACGCCAAAGGCCGGAAGAGGAACCGCGUGCUGGACCCGGAGACGGUCAACAGCCUGGUGGAGGGCGUCAUACGCGACCUGGCCGAUGAGGGCGAGUUCGUCACGCAGGAGAAGGUGGUGUCCAAGGUGUGCAUGCUGAUGCAGGUCCCGUCCCUCCGGUCAGUGGGCAUCUUUCAAGCCUGGCACAUACCGGCAGUGAAGGAGCUUCAGUACACCAUCCGGGAGAUCAACAUGUUCCUUGAGUCCACCGAGGCGGCGACGGCCAUUUGCACCCUUUAUGAGCUGGGCCUGUCCCUGGCCGGCCUGAAGGAGAAGAAGCGCUACGAGGAGCUGAACCUGGGCCCGCUCUGCAAGCUGCCUAUCGUCCACCGCAUGUUCAAGAUAGACAGCAGCACCAAGGAUGACGAUAUCCCUCAGAUAGAGACCGUGGACAUCCUGAAGAGCCUGCGCCAUUUCAGGCACACCGAGCACAAGCAGAAGGUGGACCUCGCUGAGUUCAUGAAGCAUCUGGCGGACCAGCACAGCUGUGAGUCUCCCUACGAGCUGGGCAUCCGGAUCCAAAGCCUGGGCCUACCUAUAGCGACCCUGAACAAGGUGAUCCGCCUUGAGCAUCAGAAUCUCGAGCGGGCCCAGCAUCUGAUCCAGAGGGAGCUGGAGGAGGAGGUGACGGACAAAAUGAGGAAGAUGAAGAAGAACGUGAUGGAUCCCUUCUCCGCCGCCUCCUUCGGCGCCGGAAGUCUGGAGCUCCGCAAGAAGUACAUCUCCAUGGCGGCGGUGGAGGUCGUGCUGGAGGUCUUCACCAACGCGGCAGACAUCUUUAGCUCCAAGCUGAACAAGCGCGUCCAGGACUUCCUGCUGCAGGUGUCGGGCGAUCGGCUGUGUUCGGCCAUGUUCCAGCUGGCCAUCUGCGGGGGGUCCCUAGCCGUUCCUCAGGACCUGGUUGCCAAAGACCAGCCGGCGAAGGCUGCAGGGAAACCUGCUACACACGAGCCUGCGGUCGCCCUGCCCAGUGAAGAUGCUGUGAAGCAGUUCCUUAGGACCAGUCUGUCCAACCAGAGUACAGCUCUCUCUCUGAGCUCCAUGGCUUCUCUGGAGAAGAAGCUGAGCUCACACUUUAAGCUCCCGGAGUUUGGGUCUCUGCAGAGAGGAACCUUCCUGGAAUUCCUGGUUAAAAACGUCCAGCUGCUGCAGGAGACUGUAGGGGGCGCUGUGGCCCUGGGUGGUGGUGGCGGCGCAGAGCUCCAGGGCUGUGGCUUCCGGCCCAGCCGCCAGGAUGUGUUUGAGUUCAUCAAACAGUGUGGAGCGUUCACCUCCUCCGAGCCUGACGCGCUGGUGCACAUUGAGCGGGCUCUAAGGGCCCAUUACAGGGUGCGUGACAGCCGGGACCUGGGCUUCGGGCCCCUGAAGACGCUGGCUGACCUGGUGAAGCGCCAGAGAGACCUUCUGGGGGGCGGGGCCUGCGUCCAGGUCCACUAUGAGACGGCCCUGUUCGCCAAGCACAGCAGCACCACCGACGUGUGUGGAGCGUCUGUGGGUCUCCUGGGGGAGGUCUCCCAGGACCAGGCCCUGGCCUGCCUGCUGUCCUGCCCCCUGCUGGAGGACCUGGAGCAGUGGAGCCAGUGGGAGGUGGUCUUCAGGCCUGUCCACGGCCCGCUGAAGGACUUCAUCGAGAGGAACGCAGCCGUGCCGGCCAACUCUGAUUUGGCGGCCCUGGAGGUGAGCCCGGGGGUCCUACUCCGCAUCACCACGGCGACGGGCGACAAACUCUUCUCGCAGGCGGCGACGAACCUUGACCCCGUGGGCACCGCCGGCCACCUGGUGUCCAUGGCGGUGGCGGACGGCGUGGUCAACGUGUCCACGGCGCUCCUGGCCAAUCACAUGGAGAGCGCCCUGGCGGCGGGCGUGGCCAAUGCAGAUAUGUCUCAGGGGGACGAUGACGUGUCCAGCUACGGAUCUGUGCCCCGCUUCCUCCUUGAGAGCAUCACUCGGAUCCCCCCCAUGACCUGCCAGGCCCUGCUGCAGCAGGUGUUCCUGGAGCCUCUGUACCGGGUCUUGGGCCAGGCCAGCUCUAAAGCCCUCCUGCUGGCUGUGGCUCGCUCGGACCCCCGGCACCUCAACCGCCUGCACCAGCUCGCCAUCCGCCUGGGGGUCACAGAGUGGAUCAAGGACUACCAGAAGAAGAUGGACCCUCCCAAGCCGCGGGACACGCUCACGGCUACAAAGCCUGACUUGAUGGACUCCUUCGGCGGCAGCCUGUCCGCCCUCAACCUGAACGGCGAUGACGACUACCUGGACGAUCCCGCCAAGGAAGACAGCUCUGAGACGUCGUCGCUCAACCGCCAACGGCUCCCAGCCGAGAGUGAGAGAGAGGAGGACGACGUGGAGGAGGAAGAGGAGCCGCGGUACGAGCUCGUCAACAAAGAGACCCACAGCGACUAUCUGACGGCCAGCGAAUGCGACGGAGGCCGUGGGAUGGGCGAGGCAGAACUCUCUGAAACUGACGGCGUGACGGUGGAGAAGGAGGAGGAGGAGGGGGAAGACGCUGCUGACACUGAGGGCGAAGAGAACUUUGAGAGAGCCCUGAUCGAGGACAUAAGGAAGAGUCAGUUUGGCGUGGGUGUGGAGCUGACCGCUGAAUGCAAGAAGCUGAUGGCGGUGCAGCAGGAACGACUGGGCCGCAGCCUGGACCGCCUGUCCACAGAACUCUACAGCAAAGACGCACACUUUGUCCUGGAGCUCAUUCAGAACGCGGACGACAACACCUAUCCGCUGGAGGGGGGGGUGGUGCCGGCGCUGGUCCUGGUGGUGGAGAAGAACUGCAUCACCGUCCUGAACAACGAGAGGGGCUUCCAGGACCAGAACAUCAGGGCCAUCUGCGACGUGGGCCGCAGCACCAAGGGCAAACACAAAUACGGAUACAUAGGGCAAAAGGGCAUCGGCUUCAAGUCUGUGUUCAAGGUGACGGACCGCCCUGAGAUCCACUCCAACGGGUUCCACCUGCGCUUCGACAAGAAGAGCGGCCCCAUGGGGUACAUCCUCCCCCACUGGGUGGAGGAGGAGAGACCCCUGGACCUCCAGCAGAUCCCCAGCAUCGGCGAACACAGCUGGACCACAAAGAUCUGCCUCCCGCUACGGUCGGAGAGCCAGCAGACGAGGAACCUGUUCCACGACGUCCACCCCUCGCUGCUGCUGUUCCUCCACCGUCUGCGCUCCAUCACCAUAUACAACCAGUGUGAGCGUCGGGUGGUGGCGAUGACCCGACGUGACCGGAGCCACAACGUUCUGGAGGUGGAGCACACGGAGGGAACGGAGCGCUGGCUGGUCAUCAAGCGCACGCUGGAACCGAAGAAGAUCAAGGAGGAGGUGGAGUCCACGGAGCUGGCCCUGGCCUUCCUGUUGGGGGACAGCUCUCUGCCCGGUGACAUCAUCACCCAGCCCCAGAAGCAGCCCGUGUUCGCCUUCCUGCCGCUGCGCAGCUUCGGCUUCCGCUUCAUCGUCCAAGGCGACUUCGACAUCCCCUCGUCCCGUGAGGACGUGGACAGAGACAGCCCCUGGAACCAGUGGCUGCGCUCCGAGAUCCCCCAGCUCUUCGUCCAGGCCCUGAACGUCUUCAACGACCACCCAGAGUUCAGCGGGAUGAAGGGCUUGGUCCACUUCCUGCAGUUCGUCCCCCUGCCAGACGAGGUGCUGGACUUCUUCAAGCCGGUGGCCAGGCAGAUUAUACAGCUGCUGAAGGGCCAGGCCUUCCUGCCCACACUCAACUCAGAACGGGAGGUGGAGUACAAACUGCCCUCCCAGGUGGCCGUCUGCCAGGACUCGGUGAUCCGCAACGUGAUUGGCCGCGAGGAGCUGGACAGGCACCUGUCCCUGGCCUACCUCCACCCCAGCCUUCAGCCCCUGCCCCCCCUCUCCCUGCUCACGCACCUGGGGGUGCGACACCUGCGGGGCUCUGACGUUACCACGGUGACCACCGCCAUGGCCCGGGAGCUCACGGCAGGGGGCGAGCUGCACACAGAUGAGGGACUGCGCCGGCUCUCGCGGCUGCUGGUCUGUAACUUCCGGGCGCUGGAGUACGGCUAUGGCGAGGAGGAGCAGAUCCUGCAGGCGCUGCGGGAGCUACCCAUAAUCCCCCUGGCCGACGGGCGGGUGGUGGCGCUCAGCAGCGUGGGGGUCUUCUUCCCCAUGGAGAAGGCUGAGAAGAAGAAGGGCAAGCAGAAGCCAGCAGGACCCUUUGCGGCGCUGUACGAGGACGUGAGCGUGGUGCACCCCUCCCUGCUGGCCUGCGAGGCUCCCCUGGAGGCCCAGCAGGUGCGGGAGCUGCUGAAGAGGAUGGGCGUCCACGAGCUGGAGCCCCAGCAGCUGCUGGAGAAGCACAUCUACCCGGCGCUGCGCGACCACUCCUGGAAGGCCAAGCCAGAGGCGGUGGUGGUGAGCUACCUGGUGUUCAUCAAGCAGCACAGCUCCGCCUCCAGCUGGCCCCUCCUGGACACCGCAGUACCCGUCCGGACCAGCAGGGGGCUGCUCUGCCCCCAGCUCCACCGGGUGCACUUCUCCUCCGCGUACAACAACGUGGACCUCACCAAGAUACUGCCUGGCUGUGAUUGGCUGCUGCUGAGCCCCUGCUACGUGGAGACCGACGGAGACGUCGAGGGGUGGAGGGAAUUCUUCUCCGCCCUGGGGGUCCGGGACAACCUCAUCAUCCGCAAGGAGAGACGCACCCUCUCCCCCUCCGAACUGGCCGCCAGCCCCUGGGCUGUGGGGAGCGACUCCUGGCCCCAGGGCACAGCUGAGGGGGGCUACGUCAUGGACGACUACCCCUGCCAGGAGUUCCACUCCCUGGCCACGGCUGAGCUGCCCGACAGGCAGCUGGUGGAGCAGAGACGAGCGCUGCUGGGGAUGCUGGAGGACAACUGGGAGAAGGGCGACCGCUACUCCCAGUACAUCACCGCGCAGGUCGUCGACGCCGACGGCCAGCCCGCCAAAACCACCAAGUCCUCCUUCUUCCACUUCCUGUCCCGGCUGCCCUGGGUCCCGGCCUACCGGCUGCUGGAGGGCGGGGAGCGGCAGGUCCAGUACCUCGUCCCCGACGCCGUGUACCUGGUGUCCCCCGAGGUGCACGGCCUGCUGGGCGUGCACGUCUGCUACGUGGAAAAGACCCCCAGCGAGCUGAGUCGCAAGCUGGGGAUGAAGCACAGCGUCUCGGUGGAGGAGAUGAUCUCCUACCUCAAGACCUGGAGCUCCCGGCCGGAGGAGACGGAGGCGGAGGGCCGGCCGGGGCCAAAGUUCACCAGCACGGUGCAGCACGUCUUCAACGUGUACUCCUACCUGCAGAAGAACUGCUCCCAGGGGGCCCUGAAGGAGCUGUUCGAGCACACGCCCGCCGUCUACGUGGAGCACGACAGGCGUGAGGACGGCUGGACCUCGGGGGUCUUCUACCACCUGAAGGAGGUGUGCUGGAGCGACCCCACCCAUAUGUUCAAGCGCUACAAACAGCUGGUGCGCGCCCCCGACAGCCCCAUGCCGGAGCCCCGGCAGCUGGCCCCCUUCUACUCCCCCCUUGAUGGCAUGCGGGAGCUCUUCACCAGGCAGCUGAACGUGGAGCCCAGUCCCACCAUGUUCCAGUACGUGUGUCUUCUGGAGCUGGUGUGUGCCUCCUGCCCCAUGCCCACGGCGGAGGUUCUGCAGGACGUGUCGGUCAUCUACGCCCGCCUAGCUCACAAGUGUAAGACCACUACGUCACCAGAGCAGGACUACAUGGAUCCUGGUCAACCCAGGACCAUUAGCAGCUACUGCUCCACCCUCAAGGGGAUGGUGUUGGACAAGAAGGUGUUCCCCACCAAGGCCAAGAGCUGGGUGACCCUGGCCCGCCGGCCCAUGGUGGCGGACGACCGGGAGCUGGAGAAGAUCUUCAAACUCCAUCCCGGGGUGUGUCUGCUCAACCUGCCCCCUCCCGGCAAGAAGCAUGGGGCACUACCCAGGGGCAAGCCCGGAGACCACCGCGGUCCGGCCUUCCAGGAGGAGGACCGCGCCCUCUUCCUGGAGAUCUGCGGCGUGCGGCUGCUGUCGGACUGCGUGCGCUCGGAGCCGCAGACGGAGAACCUGCGGGCGUGCCCGGCGGUGCAGGCGCUGGUGCGCGCCGUGAUGCCCUACGUGCAGCGCUUCCUGUGCGCCCACGAGGAGCUGGCGGCCGUCUACCGCGAGCUGCAGGACGCCGGCGUGGCCCAGACGCUCCGGAACCUCCAGUACAGACAGGUGGGGAAGCUGUACAUCCGCUACCAGCUGUCGGUGGGGGGCGGCGGGGACCCCCCGGACCCCGACCAGGAGCAGCCGCUGCUGGAGAUGCAGGACGUGGUGUGUCUGCUGAGGGACGACAAGGAGCUGUACAUCCAGAAGGACCAUCUGACCGCACACAUGGACAUCUGCAGGGAGCUGGUGAAGCUGUUCUGCGUGGAGAAGGCCCACAGGAAGGAGCUCAUCGACUUCCUCAGUGGCUUGAUGACCUCACUGGACGACCCGGCGUCUCUGAAGCGCUUCCUGAAGAGGGAGGACGUGCAGGAGCUGCCCAAGGAGGAGGUGCCCUGGGAGGUGCCCGAGCCCCCCCGCCCUGAGCUCCCCCCAGCAGCACCCAGGCCGUUGGCGCCCCCGGAGGAGGCUCCCCGACGCGAGGAGGACGGAGAGCAGACCCUGGCCUGCUGGCCCCCGAAGGCCAGCAUGGGCACCGUGGCCACGUCCGGUCGCACAGGCGCCCGGAACGACAGCGACGCGGUGGACGCCGUCAUGAAGAUGUGGCCCCCCCCGGCCCCCCCGAAGGACCAGGACCUCGACAGGGGCGACCGCGGCCCCGCCUCCUCCGGCACGGGGGUGCCACAGGGCCCACAGGGCCCACCGCACAGCGGGGACCCAGGGGCGGCGGCGGCGGGCCAGCCCAGGCCCGCCUCGGACCAGCCCAGGCCCGGCUCGGACCUGCCCAGGCUCGCCCUCGACCACGCCCACACCGGCUCCCCCGGCGCUGGCCACGCUGGCAGCAGCCAGUCGUCCCCAGGGUCAGAGGGCGGCCAGCGUGAGGGUCACCCCCCGGGGCCCGGCGCCGGGUUUAGCGGCGGGGAAAGACCCGUCCACAGCGGCCCCCCACCGGACCAGCCCAAGACGGACUCAGACCAGUGUCCAGCAGCCGUCCAGCCUGUUCCCGAGCUGGUGGUGACGGGCAGCACCUUCCAGGGCACGGAGGGCGUGUCCCAGCGGCCCCCCCUGGCCAUGGACUUCCCCCAGUGGAACAAGAGCGCCCUACUGGAGCUGGAGGACAUGGAGCUGGCCUGCACGCGACCCACCACCGUGGUGCUGACGGACGUCCCGGGGGACCUGGCGGCCAUCGGGGCGUGGGGGGAGCAGCUGGUCCACUCCUUCCUGUGCCACUGGCGGGACGGCGACGCAGCCGACCGGCCCUCGGAGGUCACCUGGUGCAACCAGCAGGCGGAGAGCGGCCAGCCCUACGACUUCAAGCUGACCUUCCCCGCGGCGGCGGCGGUGGGGGCGGGCCCACAGCCCGGGGCUGAGGGGGCGGUGGUGUACGUGGAGGUGAAGUCGACGGUGAAGCGGGACAAGGCCUUCAUCCACCUGUCGGCCAACGAGCUGGACUUCGCCCUGACGGAGCGCGAGCGCUACCACAUCCUGCGGGUGUACAGCGUGGGCGACGCCCAGAACGUGCGCCUGUGCCGCGUCCGGAACCUGGCGCAGAAGCUGCACGCCAAGGACCUGGAGCUCUUCCUGUUCAUCUGACGCAGUGCUGUGAUUGGCCCAAACACAACACAACCCAGCCGAGCCCUCCCAACCCCCCCCCCUCCCUCUCCCACACCUGUAUCCUUGGUAGUUUGCACUCUGUAUUUUUAUUUUUAUUAGUCUGUGGACCAGGUGGUGGUUAGAAGCUGUGGUGACCUUUAACCCAAGAUGAGGACCUGCUGGUGGCCUCUGUGUCGUGCUGGGCACUAUUUACUGUUUCUACUCAGGCACUGAAAACGGAAGGGAUCUUGACUGCCUCUGCACAGGCUGUUUGCGUUGUUCUGGAUUUGUGUACUUUGUUCCGAUUUUUUACUAAAUUAAUUAGUGUUUUUUAAUCGCUGCUUUUAUCUGUGUAUCCACUGUCAUUUGUCAGCAGCGUUUGCACUUUUCCUUUUAAAAAUGUUGAAUUUUACAAAGGUUGUCCAAUCUUUUCUCAACAGACCGUAGCGUCGACUGCCCAGAACUUUUAUGGUAUUUGUGAAGGCUUUUCCUCCAGUUUCAGCAUCUAAACCAUUCCCUGUUCAGGCACACAUUCACAAGGUUUUUAAUAUUGAUGCUUCUGUUUACCUGUGGCAUUUUAAUCUAAAUAAAAAUGUUUCUGACUUGA